GUUUUGAACAUCCCCUUGAAAGCCCUUAGCGCCGCACAUUUGGCGCUUUCGAACUGUACGCCAUGCAUACCGAGACAGAGAAAGAAGCGGAGGAUACCUGCCCUGUUCAUGGGCCUAUCACUUGCGGAUUCCUCCAGAACCUUUGUGGUGCCUUUGGAUGGAAGCUCUUGUUGCUGAUCGGAUUAGCUGAAAUCACAUUGAAGGGCUUUGUAGCGGGUGGAGGAAGCGGUGGCCUGGUUGGGCUUCCUAUCGAGUAUUUGAUGAGGGAGUACAACGUGCCAGCAGCAGAUCUUCAAGUCUAUAAAUCAGCAGUGCUAAUUCCGUGGGCAAUCAAGCCUUUGUUUGGUCUGAUUGCUGACUCCAUGCCUAUUUUGGGCUUCAACCGAACACCGUACUUCGCCAUAAACAGCAUCGCUGGAGUGACGGCGCUCUUCCUCAUUGCUCUGGUGCCAUCUCUUUCGCUCUCGAUUCUUCUCCUCAUGUUCUUUCUGGUGUUCAUGGACAUUGCGUGGAGCGACCUUUUGACUGAAGCUGUCUACUCCACGCACCUGCGUUCCAAGCCUGAGGAGGGCCCCAAUCUCAUCUCUUUCAUUUGGGGAGGUAUUGGCAUCGGAAAACUGGUUUGCAUCAGCAUGGUGGGAGUGCUUAUGGAGCAUUUCGGGAAUCGAUCUCCGUAUUUGAUAGCUGCUCCAGCUGCGGCAUUUACGCUGCUCAUUACCUUCUUGAAUUUGCCUGAAGAGACCAGUCGAAGAGGGCGUUGCUGUAAAAAGUUGGGUGGCUCUGAGAUGCCCUUGGCAAUUGUUGGCUUGGUCAUUGGCUUGGGUGCUUUGAGCUUGGCAUUGCUGUCGGUCUUCGGUGGCGAUUUGGCCACCAAGGUGACUUGUGCUGCGAUUUUGGCGGUUGUGGCCCUCGGAUUGGUGUCAGCCGCGCUUACACCUAUCGUCGCGAAGGUGAAUGCAUUCUUCUUUAUUCAGAGCAUUUGCAGCUUCAGCAUUUCAGGGGCUUCCUUCUACUUCUUCACAGACGGGCCGGUGGAAUAUCCUGAAGGGCCGCACUUGUCAAAGGAGUUCUACACGUCAGCAAUCGGCCUUGUGUCAACAGUCUUCUCCCUAUUUGGCAUGGUGAUCUACAACCGCUGGAUGCAACACUGGCGGUAUCCCUUCAUUUUGAUGAUGGGAAGUAUUCUGGCUUGCGUUUGCAACCUGGUGAGCUGCGUGGUCUUCACGCGGACCAAUGUAAGGUUGGGCAUCAGUGACAAGUUUUUCGUGCUUGCCUCCGAUGCGGUGCAGAUGGUGGUGAUGGAAAUCGCUUGGCUCCCAAACAUGCUUUUGAUGUCGCAGCUCUGUCCCAAGGGAUGUGAAGCAACAAUGUUUGCACUCCUCGCUGGUAUGGGCAAUUUGGGUGCAAACUUGGGGAACUACUUUGGCGCUUUCCUCCUCAAGAUGUUAGGUGUCCAACCUACAGGUGAGCCUAAUGAAACUGCUCAAUUCGAAAAUCUUUGGCUUGCGGCGGUGGUGUCUGCUAUUGCACCAAUGAUCCCUUUGGCGCUGGUCUUCAAGCUCAUCCCCAACAUCAGUCAAAAGGACCCUAUUAAGGGGUUAACCAGCUCAUCUGCUGGUUCUCCGUUGAGUCGAUUUCUGGAAAAGUACUUCGGGAUUGAGGACAUUCCAUCGGACGAUUCUACCCAAGAGCUGGAGAACAUGGUAAGCUCAGCAGAUGACAACGACAGCUCAGAUGAGGAGAAGGUGGUUUGCUGAUUUGCGGCGCCCUAAUAUCCUACUGAGAGAAGAGUCAAUUCAGGGUAAAUCUGUCAGACUCUUCAAAGAGGGGAAGACAGGGAAAGAGAGAGGGGCGAAAUGAUCUUUAAGUCAACUUCUGUCAGAAUCUGACGCUCAGGGUCGAUCCGACCUGUGUCUUCCGGCAGCGGCAUUUUCCUGCAGACUUUGUGCUGCACCACCUGGCGCAUGAAGGCUAUGUCGGC